UGCAUCAGCUGCUUGAAAAAAUACCAAAAGUGUUUGGCCGUCGCGCAUUUUCAAUCGCAAAUUAAGCGCAGGCAACUCCGAUUAACGACGAUGUUUCCUCAUUAGAAAGGAAAUCAAUCUGAUUUCAACGAGCUAACAUAAUAGAAAAGUAAAGAAUUCUCGCUCUUUUCGGUUCUUCGUGGCACCUGCGAUUUGCGUUGCUGUUUUUUCGUGCAUUUCGAUUCGUACACACGCACACAUACACCCAGGCACAAACGGCCGUGCAGCGAAUGCGUGUGUGUGUGAAAUUGUGCAAAAACGUGAAACGAUCGAGUGUUGGUCGGUGGGGGAGGGACUGAGCGCUGUUGAAAGCGGAAUAUUCAUUGUUUUCCCGUGUGUGCACUAUAAAUUAAUAUUUACGUGUCUGCGUCAUGAGGGGACCACUAACCGUCCGCCAUCAAAAUCAGCAGCCAAGCAGACAGCUGCUCAUUUGGCGAGUGUAAACAAAGCAGCCUACACACACACACGCAUACAACCGUUUACGUUGCGGCGACUGCGACGCCGACUGCGCUGCCUCCAGCUCGUAUAUCGAAUUUCACAUCUUUAAGCCAGAAAUCUCCAUAUCCACCGCAUAAACCACUUCCAUCUGCCGCAAUAUCUUUUGUCUGGCCAACCUGUUCGCUUCCAGACAGGAAGUUUGCCAAUUUUCUCAAGUUUAGCCAAGUGCAGCGACUGCGACGUCCGCGUUGACGUCGGCGCUCCUCAGCCAGCGUCGCAGCAGCUGCGCAGCUGUUUAAUAUUCGGAAAUGACCUCCACUUCGGCGGUGGAUGGUGGGCUCGGGAGCGAGACGGCCUGGCUGGAGGAUCUGCUGCGCGAGGUGCAGCUGGAGCAGUUUCUGGACAGGAUACGGGAUGACCUACAGGUGACCCGGCUGGCGCACUUCGACUACGUGCUACCUGACGAUCUGGAGCGAUGUGGUCUGGGGAAACCGGCCAUUCGACGCCUGAUGGAGGCAGUGCGGAAAAAGAAGGCCCAUCAGUGGCGCAAGAACAUCCUGUCCAAACUGAUUGGCGGUGGCAAGCAGCCCUCGUCCAAGAAGCAGUCCUCCGCCGCCCGGGAAUCCAGUCAGGGCAAUGGCACCCAGCUAACCUGCCUUAUCCAUGAAAAGGACAUUACCAUGGGCCUGAAACUGGGCGACGGAUCAUUCGGUGUGGUGCGUCGCGGCGAAUGGAGUGCUUCGCCAGCGGGCAAGGUCAUCCCGGUGGCCGUCAAGGUGCUGAAGUCGGACAACCUCACCCAACCAGGCAUUAUCGACGACUUCUUUCGCGAGGUUCAGGCUAUGCACGCCCUGGAUCAUGCGAAUCUGGUGCGGCUUUACGGAGUGGUCCUAUCCCAGCCGAUGAUGAUGAUUACAGAGCUGGCGGAGCGCGGGUCGCUGCUGGAUACGCUGCGAAAACAGUGCCGCCACACCUCGCUGACCAUCAUCUGGAACUGGUCGGUGCAGAUUGUGACUGGCAUGGCCUAUCUGGAACAGAAGCGCUUUCUGCAUCGCGAUCUGGCCUGUCGGAAUGUCCUCCUGGCAGCUGGAAACAAGAUCAAGAUCGGAGAUUUUGGCCUAAUGCGUGCCUUGCCCCAAGAGGAUGAUUGCUAUGUGAUGUCUGAGCAUAAGAAGGUGCCUUUUCCCUGGUGCGCUCCUGAAUCACUGCGCUUCCGGCAAUUCUCGCACGCCUCUGACACGUGGAUGUUUGGCGUGACGUUGUGGGAAAUGUUCAGCUUUGGCGAAGAUCCAUGGGUGGGACUCAAUGGGUCGCAGAUCCUGCGCAAAAUCGAUCGCGAAGGCGAGCGACUGCAUCAGCCGGACGCCUGUCCACCGGACGUUUAUGCUAUGAUGCUGCAAUGCUGGGAUAAAACUCCAGCAGAGCGACCCACUUUUGCUGCUCUCAAAGAAUAUUUGGCCAGUAUGUCGCCUCCUGUGAUGCGUGCUUCCCGAAGUCACCACGAGUCCAAGGGACUGCAGAUCGAACCUGGCGACACAAUCGCCAUUAUCGAUGGACGGCACGAGCUGAAAUUGAUAAAGGGCCAAAACCAGCGAACUUUCGAUAUAGGAAUCUUUCCCAGAAGCCUGCUGGAGCAGCGUAAAGUGGGUGCUGCCGGAGAUGUGGCAAUGCGAAGCAGCGUUGGAAAUGGCUCGACGUCUUCGCCAUUCGGCUUUUGUUGGGGCGGAGCAGCUGCCAUGGUCAACGGAGAUGAUCGACAGCGAAAGUGUGCCUCGAUGACAAACCAGCCCCAUGCCAAGGAGCGCAAGUCCACGUCCAGCAAGCAGUUCGCGUACAACAAACUGGUUAAUGAUUCCGCUACUGGUCUUCAGCGACGAAAUGCGGUGAAGCACAAAGGAGUAGUGGUGGGCCCGCAGCGUCCUCCGCCGCCACAAUUUCAACAGGAAGGCAUACUCAUUGACAUCUCGCCCGAUAUGCGACCAAUAGCCGAAGGUGGAACAGGAGGAGCUAAGGGAGCAGGCGAUAGUUCCUCACUGCAGGCGGACAGCUCCUUUUGCAUACUAGACGCUCCCAUAGAUGUGCCUACGUAUGCCGGCUCUAGUGGAUCGGGGGAUCUUAAUGUGUCACCCACGUACUACAAUGAGCAGCCGCAGUUCGACUUUGAUCCGGCCAAGGUGACAGCUUCACCAGGGCGCCUGCAACCGCCGCCGUACCAGAUGCCACCCACUUACUCGAAUACAAUGGAGUUUGUCCAAAAACGAGACCUUCACCAACAGCAGCUAGCGACGCCUGUAAGGGAGCGAGAUCCCUUCGACACCACAAACGUUGAAACGGCUGUGGCACUCUACUCGAAUUUCAACCAGUCUCUGGAGGCAGCUCCUCCACCAGCACCGAUUUAUAAUAGUCCUUCGGUCAGAAAAAGCCUUUUCGGUGGCUCCAAGUCGAAUAAAGAAAACAUACCUGCCCUGGAAUCAGCGGCUAUGCAGCUAAAUCUCAGCAAUCUUGCAUUGGAGCGACACGACGCCAUCAGCAGUCAGCCAGUGGAGCCUGUACCUGCUCCUCCUGCUGAUGGAGUGCUGCUGGACAAGUCCUUCAUCGCCGAACUGGAGAAGGACAUGUACAGCAACGGGCAAAACAGAGCGCAGGAGGAGUACCAGCGCAAUUCAACGCAGAUGUAUGCCAGCAAGGACAUGGUCUAUAAGCAGAAUCUCACACCCUUAAAGAACGGAGUAGCUCCCGGGUCAGUUCACUCGAAUCAUUCCAGUCCCUCUUCGACCGCGUCGCCCAAGCAGAACAAUGUGGAGGCAGCAGCUGCUGCGGCAGCUACCACGCAAAGUGUUGUGAAUCGUAUUUGGUAUGAGCAAGUGGCGUCCACGCAGUCCGAGUACUAUGCCCAGCCGCCGCCAGAGCAGGCAGAGGAACAGAUCUACCAAAACCAUCACCAGCAUCAGGAGUUGAACCAUUCGUUUGUUGCAAUAUCCAAUCGAGUGGUGGCACCCAAAAACAAUGCGUACUCCUCAACCGCCUCACUGUACGAUGCAGUGGCGGCCAGCACGGUGGGCUCCACAUACUACGGCCAAGUGCCGAAUGGCAGUGGAGCUGUUCUGUACGAUGAAGUGACUCAGGAUGACUACCUGCGGCCAACGCGACCAGCUCCAUUGGCGCCGCCUCCUCUCUCCGCCCAGCAGAUCCAACGAAGAAUGGAGAAGAUGCGGCUGCAGCAACAGCAGCAGCUGGACGGAGCCCAUCAGCUGUACGCGCCAGUGCCCUCGGACUACGGUCGCGAGCAGGAGAAGCUCCAGCAGCUAAUGCAGGAGCUGGGCAGCUCCGCGGUGGAGCAGGAUGUCCGCAAUGCACUGCGCGCGGCCAGCGGAGAUGUGGGACUAGCCACGCGGCACUACAAGAUCGACCAACUGGCGAGGCUUGGGGUGGCUGGGCGACCACAGUGCGAGCAGGCGCUGCAGCAGACCAACUGGAGCUUGGAGGUGGCAGCUGAACUACUGCUGAAUGCCGGCUAA